ACCAUCGCGAGAUCAAACCGGUUCAAUUCCCUGCCUGGCCGAGUCGAGCCGGGAAAGCGUCGCACGACACGACUCUCCUCCCACCGCUCGGCCUUCGCACCGCCGCCGCCGGCGCCACCGCUCGGGAGACGCAUCCGCCGCCGCCGCCGCCGCCCGCCAUGGGGACCCGGGAGGUGUACGAGGAGAAGCUGCGUAGCGGCGCGCACCUCCACCGCGACCCCACCAUGAACCCCGGCCUCGGCUCCGCCCGCUGCCCUCGCUGCCUCUCGCUCCUCACCCCCAACUCCUCCGGAGAGGGCGACUGGGCCAUCACCUCCGUGCUCCACGACGCCACCGCCGUGGCUGGUUCGGGCGCCGGCGCGAUGCUCAGUGCGGUGCACGGGUUCAAUACAGGGAUUCCGUUCGUCCAGAAGCAUGUGAAGGGGCCCAAGUGGCUGCAACUUCUUGUUGGGGUGCCUCCAUUGCUCUUGUUCUCUGGUACCAGCGCUUUAUUUGGGGCAUAUGCGCUUCCAACGUUUGCUCAGCUCACUGUAACAUCUUAUUAUGCCGCAUCAAGUGCCUCUCACUAUGCAGUUUCGCAGAUUACCCGCCAGAUCGAAAGGUCCCAUUUGUCAGACACUAAUGGGAAUUCCAGAUGAGUUUUUCUCACUCAAUAUUAUGCUACAUACUUGUUUACGCUCUAUAUACGUGGUACAUAAGUUAUUCCUCCCGUUUUUUCUGUUGCACUAGUCUGAUAGCUUCGGCAUGUUUUGCACACACAAACCUAUAUUUAUCAUAGGAUGAAGCUGCAUGUCCUUAACAUCCUAAAUUAAAAGUGCUUCUCUUCUACUUUUUUUUUCUGUCGCCAUUACUUUUAUCUGUGGAAAAAUGUCCCAAAUUACUGGUCAAGAAUGCAAAACGUUCUACGACAGAUUUACGAUGGGGGCUGUGGAUCCGGUUGCUAAGCAUCAUGCGGUGAUGAAAAGAACGUCAAACAGCAUCAGAUAGUGCGAGGUGAAAAAAAAAAAGAUUAUAGCCUGAGGCUAUAGCUAGAGAAAAGAAUAGAAACUACCUAUACCACGUAUCAAGUACAACUUCACGCCAUGUUGAAAGAGGGACCUAGCACUAAGCCUGUCAUGCUAUGUGUGACCACUUGUUGCCAUGAGAACAAGAACCACAGAAGCACUACCAUCUCCGAACUAGGGAUGCAAGUGGGUAGUCCCGCUGCCCGCAUAAAAAUUCGCUUGCUAGUUCAUUUCCCAUAUAGAAGAAAAAAUGAACUAUAAGUAAGAUAAGCAGGCUAAAAAACCUACUCCGCUUGCCCGCCCCGCUUGCGUCCCUACUCCGAACCCCCUUGAAUUGAUCGCAGAGAAGGUGGGAGCAUCUCCGACCCACCUAGAUAAUUAAUCGCAGAGAAGGUGGGCUCCCUGUCAUCACCAUAGCCUAGAAGUGCAGAGGGAGAGGGUGAGAGAAGAAAGAUCCCCUCAUCCCUCGCACAGGUCUGUCGUCCUCAUGACUUACAAAAGGAGAAAAUCCCCUACAUACCUGAAAAGUUUCGAUAUCUCUUCUGUACCCCUUAAUUUUGCCCUAUCUCCUACAUCCCUUGAGUUUUCAUUUUGAUCUCUAUCUCUAUUAUGUUAUUUGACCGAGAGUUGACCGUUGGAUUUUUCUAAAAUGAUCAUAUCGUGCAUUUUCCAUACUUACAUGCUACCUACUUCAUAAUUCACAAUGUGAAAAAUUGUAAUUCAUGACAAAAUCAAAUGAGACAUAAUUAUUUGUUUUAAAAUUCAAAAAAGAAAUAAAUUGUUGAACAAAUUUACUUUUUUUAUGAAAUCUAUAUAAGAGUUGUAGCUAGAAAUUAUGAACCAAAAUUAUUUAUUUAUUGUGUUCAAAUUUUGAUGUAAAUGGUGUACGAAUUUCAUAAAAGUCAAUUAAAAAUUCAUACAAAAAUUUUAGAUUUAUUUUUAAAAUUUUUCAUCAAAUAAUUGUGUUUUUAUCACUAAACUAACACAUGUAUAAGAGAGGGGUAAUAUAGUCAAUCUCAAAACGGUCAACUCAUGGUCAACUAACGGAAUGGGCAUUGAGGAGAUCAGAAUGAAAACUCAGGGGUAAGUAGGAGAUGACGCAAAGUUAAGGGGCACAUAAGGGAUUGAGAGGAUUUUCAGGUGCAUACCGAGGAUUUUCUCCUUCCAAAAGUGUCGUAGAUGAACAGACAUCCUGAGGCAUAAAUAGCAGAAAACCACAAGUCGGGCUAGCUUUUUGCUUGGAGUCUUUUAUUUCCCUGUCGCCGUAGUCCCCUUUCCACCAAGUCACCCACCAUCGUCCCACCACCACCAACACGAAGUUGCCACAGACACUCCCAGGGCGUUCCUACACUAUACUUCCCGGGGUCGGUGACCCCGGAAAGAAUUUCAAUCUUAAGUUGUUUUAGCCCAUAUUAACUACUAUAUUA